GGCGUACUAGCAAUAACAAACACACGAAGUUCGAAUUUACUGAAACUCGCUGUUGUGUACAGUGUACAGUUUCAGGAAUGGAUUCCUUAAAAGUAGCUGUACGUGUUCGUCCACUACUUUCAGGGGAGAAGUCUUUAGGUUUAAAAGGACGAUGGAUUUGCACCAAUUCAUCAAUUACUUUAGAUCAGUCAAAUACUUGUUAUGUAUUUGAUCGAGUCUUUGAUGAGCAAAUAUCAAGUUCCACAGUAUAUAAUGAACUGGCAUUAGACAUUGUGAAGCAGGCAAUGGAAGGUUUUAAUGGUACCAUAUUUACCUAUGGUCAGUCUGGCAGUGGAAAGACCUAUACUCUCGAUGCAUUGAGAACAUUUGCCAUCAAAACUAUUUAUGAAUACAUUGAAAAUUGUCCCACAAGGGAGUUUUUGCUGAGAGUGUCUUAUGUUGAGCUUUAUAAUGAAAGAUUUUAUGACUUGCUCGCUGACAAUGCAAUCUUACUAUUAAGAGAAGACCUUGAUAGAAAUGUUUUCCUAGAAGGCUUAAAAGAAGAAAUUAUCACAUCACAAAGUCAUGUUGCUCAAGUGCUGGCUAAAGGCAAUGAAAGACGACAUAUUGCUGAAACAAAGCUGAAUGAUUCAUCUUCAAGAUCACAUUGUAUUUUUAGAAUUGUAAUAGAAAGCAGAGAAAGAGAAGAUGCAGAAAACUCCUCAGUUUAUGUGUCUCACCUGAACCUUGUGGAUCUUGCUGGAAGUGAAAAGGCUGGAGAGAAUAGUGGAGAUAGGUUCAGAGAAGGAUGUGGUAUCAAUAAAUCCCUCUCAACUUUAGCAUUGGUCAUCCGCAAGUUGAGUGAAGAAGACAGUGCAUUUAUUAACUACAGAGAUAGUAAAUUGACCCGUAUUCUACAAAAUGCUCUAGGUGGUAACUCAAAGACAGCCAUUUUGUGUACAGUAUCUCCUACUAGCGUUGAGGAGACUCACUCUACACUCAGAUUUGGAUUAAAUGCUAAAAAAGUCAAGAACAAGCCUGAACAAAAUGAAGUACUUACAGACCGAGCUCUAUUGAAAAAAUCCCAGCAGGAAAUAGAAAAACUGAAGGCUGUAAUAAAGAAAUUAGAGUCUGGCUUUUCUGCACAAACUGAUGAUGAGUUAAAAGAGCAGAAAAUGAAACAGCAGCAGUUGACUGAACAGCUGCGCAGUAUUCUCUGUGUUUCGUCUAAAGUAAACAUUGAAAAGAAAGAAAGGAAUCGAAGACAGACAGUAUGUGUUCCCCAGAUGUCUAGAUUUACUGCUAUGAAAGAUUUAUCAACAGUAAACAUUCCAUUUUCACCAGCAAUAAGGAAAAAGGUGUCCUUUGAUACCAAGCCAAAUGAAAACAUUGUUGCACCUACAGCUCCAGGUGCAGAAGAUCAGUCCAUUAAUCACUCAUUAAGCUCCCCUUGCAGAUCACAUGAGUGUAAAUGCAGGGAUCUGUCAUUUACAGACUUUGAACAAGCUUUCGUUGAAGAAGCUCUUGUCCAGAAAUUCAAGACUCAGAUAAAUAUUUUGAUCAAAGAAAAUAAGCAGCUCAAAGUUAGGAUUCAGCAAAUGCAUGGAGGCUUAGAUCCCAAUGAAAGCUCAGUCUACAACAUGAGUCUUGGACCAGAUUUUCAUGUAACAAAUUUUUCCAUUGACGAACAUUACAGUGAGGGCAUAGAGGGCGCUAGGCCAAAUCUUGUAUCCAAUGAGAGCUUUGUGCAGUACGAGCUGGAGUUGACUGAUGAAAGUGCCCAAGCCAAAUUCAAUGGGAAAAAUGUUGACAACAGUUUUUCAAAACGACACAGGUAUUCAAGGGCUUUCAAAGGGGAUGAUAGUGUUUUUGAAAGUAGUUUUUUAAAGCCAAAACGAUCCAGGAUUAGCGAUUUAAUUGAGGAGGAUGAAUCCGAGGACGUGUCAGACAAGAAUAAAUAUGAUACACCUGAAUCUAACACAACUGAUGUAUCAAUAAAUGAGGAGGUAGACUGUCACAAAGAUGAAUUAGACAAGCUGGCUCUAGACUAUGAAAGAAGUGAACUAGAAAGGGAAAGAAUUGUACUAGAAAAAGAGAAAGAAAAUAUUGAGAAGUUAAGACGUGAAAUAGCAGAGCAAAUGGCAAAUAUGGAAGAUAAAAUUGAAAUGCUGAAUAAUAUUGAAAAAGAGAAAAAGUUUCUUGAAGAAGAGCGGAAGUUCCUUCAAGAAUCCUACAAGCAGCUGGAAGAUGAAAAAGAAAAUUUCAAGAUCGAAAAUGAAGAGAAUAUCACGCUGGCUUUCAAGUCAACAAAACUGGAGGCAGAGAGGAAUCAGUUGUAUGAGCUGCUUGAUGAACUGAAGAAGGAAAGAGAUGCACUGAGAGAGGAAAAAGAACAUGAGUCUAAGAACUAUGAAGCUGCUCUGUGUAACAAUGAACAGCAUAAUAAUGAAACAGCUGUUUUAGCUGACGAGAAGGGGAGUAUAGACAUGAAAUAUGAAGCAGAACUAACACAGCUGAACAAUGUACUAGAACAACUAAGGAGGGAAAAUAAAAUUUUACUGGAGGAAAAGGCUAGUGAUGCAUUAAAGUAUGAAACAGAGCUUAACAAGUUGAAGAGCAUUGUUGAAGAAGACAGAUCAUGUGCUUCCUCUGAAGAAAAAGCUGAAAUUCUAAAAUAUGAAUCAGAAAUAAUGCAGUUGCGCAGUGUAAUUGACAUGUUAAGGAAAGAAAAGGAAACAUUAGCCGAGGAAAAAGAUGAACUUAAACAGUAUGAGGUGGAGAAUAAGUAUCUCCUUGAAUGUUUAAAUGAUUUAAAGAAAGAGAAAAAUGAUUUAGAGGUCCAAAUAGCAGAACAAAAAACACUUAACGUUCCUGAUGACAUGCAUCAACUUUCAAUAGAUGGAGAUACUUCACAGUGUUUGAGUCACAGUAUAAUCCAUUCAAAUAAAGAACAUGUAGACAAUGAGAACAGGUUGCAAGAAAUGUUGCGUCUGUUGCAAGAUGAGAAUGAGCAAAUUAUUGAGGAGCUAACAAAGUACAAACAAUCUUAUGAAAACUUUUUGAAACAGAAAGUUGUCACACCGGAGGAAUUUUCCACAGGCCAGGAACUUGUUACUGACUCUGAUGAAAGGCAAGCUGAGCUUGUUAAGAAAGCAGAAAUGUCAGAAACAGAAAAGUUACAGACUGAAAAGUUGCGUCUGUUGGAAGAUGAGAAUAAGCGUAUUGCUGAGGAGUUGACACACUACAAAGUAUCUUACGAAAACUUGUUGCAACAGAAAACUACCACAUCAGAGCAGCUGUCCGCAGGUCAAGAGCAAGAACUUGAUGUUGACUUGGAUAAGAAGAGACUGGAACUUGUCAGAGAAGCAGAAAGGUUAGAAGAAGAAAAAUUACAGAUUGAAAAACUCAGGGAAGAACUGGCAGAGCAGGAGCUAAAGAUUGAGAGUAAAAUUGAACUUUACUGUGAUUUGGAAAGUGAGAAGGAAACUCUUGAGGAGGAGAGGAAAUCAUUGAAAGAGAUGCAGGAAGAGUUAUCUAGGGGCAAAGACAGUUUAGAUGAUGAAAAGUACACAGAGUAUGAAUCAGAGCAAAAUCAUUUACUUAAUCUGAUUGAUGAGUUAAAGAAAGAAAAAAAUAACCUUUUACAGGAAAAUGAUAAUUUAGUAGCAAAAUAUGAAGCAGAGUUAAAAAUAGUGCAAAGAAAUGCAGAGGAGAACAAUAGUCAAAUCUUGAACGAUGAACAAGCUUGUGAAGAUUUAAAAUUAGAAAUAACACAACUGCGCAGUCAGCUUGAAGGGGCAACUAAAGAAAAGGAUAGUUUAUCAGGAAAAAAAGCUGGUGAACUUGAAAAGUUUGAAGAGGAGAAGAGACACCUGCUAGAAUGUUUAAACAAUUUAAAGAAAGAGAAGGAUGCCUUACAGGAGCAGAUUUCAGAAUUUGACUCUGGUAAUGCCACAGAUAUUGCUCAGCAACUUCCAACAGAUGAAAGUAAUUCUAUGAUAAAUAAAAAUGAUUUUGAUAGUAAAUUAAUUAAUUUAAAAUCUUCCUUAGAACAAGAACAUGCAGAUAAUGUGAACAUGUUGCAAGAAAAAUUACGUCUGUUGGAAGAUAAAAAUGAGGAAAUCGCAAAGGAGCUAACACAGUACAAAGAAUCUUAUGAAGUCUUGUUAAAACAGAAAGCUUCCACACAAGAGGAUCUGUCUGUAGAUCAAGACGAAGAACUUGUAAUUGACUCAGAUGAAAGGCAAGUGGAGCUUGCGAAACAAGCAGAACUGUUAGAAAAAGAAAAGUUACAGACUGAAAAGUUGCGUCUUUUGGAAGAUGAGAAUAAGCAUAUUGCUGAGGAGUUGACACAGUACAAAGAAUCUUACGAAAACUUGUUGCAACAGAAAGCUGCCACGCUAGGGGAUCUGUCUGCAAAUCAAGACCAAGAACUUGAUUUUGACUUGGAUAAGAAGAGACUAGAACUGGUCAGAGAAGCAGAAAGGUUAGAAGAAGAAAAAUUACAGAUUGAAAAACUCAGGGAAGAACUGGCAGAGCAGGAAAAAAAUAUUGAGAGUAAAAUUGAACUUUACUGUGAUUUAGAAAGUGAGAAGGAAACUCUUGAGGAGGAGAGGAAAUCAUUGAAAGAGAUGCAGGAAGAGUUAUCUAGGGGCAAAGACAGUUUAGAUGAUGAAAAGUACACAAAGUAUGAAUCAGAGCAAAAUCAUUUACUUAAUCUGAUUGAUGAGUUAAAGAAGGAAAAAGAUGUCUUAAUACAGGAAAAAGAAACUAUUGUUAAUAAAUAUAAAACAGAAAUUGAAAACACAUUUAGUGUUAUUGAAAGGCUAAAGAAUGAAAUGUAUCUUCUAGAAACUGGGAAAGCUAGUGAGAUUUCAAAGUACGAGACUGAAAUAGCACACCUGAAUAAUAUUUGUGAAGAACUGAAAUUAGAAAAAAAUAUUUUAGCAGAAGAAAAUGCUAUCAAAAUUGAUAAAUCUGAAAGAGAACUAAUUGAGCUGCAAGAUCUUGUUGACAAGUUAAAAGCAGAAAGUUGUUUUACUAGUGAAGAAAAGGCAAGCAUGGUUAUAAAAUGUGAAACUGAAAUUGCCAAUUUGCAAAAUAUCAUUGAUGAUCUUAACAGAGAAAAGAAAUCUUUACAAGAGGAUAAAGCUAGAGAAAGUGCUGAAUAUGAAAAACAAAUUGAACACUUACAUAAUUGUAUAGAUGAGCUAAAAAUAGAAAGGGAUACCUUGGUUAAGAAUAAUGAAAGUACAGUAUCAAACUACAAAACAGAAUUAAUUCAGUUGCAAGCUUUUCUUGAAGAGUUAAAGCAGGAUCGUGAUGAUUUGGCUAAUGAAAAGGCUGGUCUUUUUGUCAAGCAUGAAAUGGAUGUAAAACAGUUUGAGAGUUGUCUAGAAGAGAUAAAGAAAGACAGAGAUGACAAGGACAAUGAAAUAAUGAGAUACAAACAGCAAAUAGAUCAGUUGUCUUCCCUUUUAAAAGACAAAGAGAGUGAAAUAUGUGUUUCAGCUACAGAGGUAACAAAAUAUGAGGCUGAAUUAAAACAAUUGCGUAAUUAUUUUGAUGCUUUAGUUGAAGAAAAAGAUCAACAACUUUUAAAAAAUAAAACUGAAGUAAAUGAUUUGCAAAAAAUGGUAGAAGAGCUAAAGAGAACAAGGGAUAUAUCGACUGAGGAAAUGGUUGAAGAAAUCUCAAAAUAUAAAACAGAACUUGCCCAGUUACAUGAUCUGCACAGUCAGCUGAAGAACGAAAGGGACGCUACUCUGGAACAAAUGAAACAAAUGGAAGAACAGCAGAGAGAGUUCAACCAAGCGGAGUACCUUGAAUGUAUACAGGAGUGGCAGGCAGAGUGUGAAGCCAGAAGUACUGAGCUGGAAGAAGCCAUGAAGGAGAUAGAAAACUGUAAGAAAACGAUCACUUGGGGAAAACAAAUUCUGGCCACUCGAGAUCAGGAGAAACAAGAAGCUGCUAAAAAGUGUGAGGAAAUUGAACAGCAAGUUGAAAGCCUGAAAGCUGAGUUACAUACAAAAUCUGAGGAAUGUUCACGACUCCAGGGAAAAGUCAACACCCAUUUUUCAAAUCUUAGAGAGAUUGAAACUCUCAAAAAAGAAGUUAAAGAACUAAACAGAGCUCUUCAAGGAAGUAAAGAAUAUUAUGAAGGCGUAAUCAAUAAUCUUAAAAUGAAGCUGAGAAAUAAUGCUGAUUCAUCUUUUGCUGAACAGCGUGUCCCAAGUCAGCCUGUUCCCUCUAUUGAUCACCUCAGAAAGAUAAUUGAGUUUGAAAAUGCCAGCAAGUUUUUAGAGUUAUCUGAUCUUAGGAAAAAGACAGCAGAGCAGGAGACUAAGUACAGGAACUUACAGACUGAGUUUACUUGCUUAAAAUCUGAGUGUGAGAAACUGAAAGAAAUGCAGGAGAAUGAAUGCAUGAGGAACGAGGCACUGUUUUCUAUGCUGAAUCAGAAAUCUUCACAGUUACACAAGUCAGAAGAAGAGCUUUCAAAAUUCAAACAAUCUGCACCACUCAAGGAUAAAACAAAUGAAAAUACAUUUGACAACGAAUCAACAUCCAUGUUAAAAAAUUCCCUCAAGGAGUCUGAGAAUGUCAAUAGGGAGUUGCGGCAAAAAAUAGAGAGAAGAGAUAUGAAGUGGAAUACACUAUACCCCAAAUAUAAAUCUUUACUGGAGAAGAACUGUACACAUGAAAAGAAGAUAAUUCAUUUGACUGAAGAAAUAGCAGAGUUAAAAGAAACUUUACAGAAGAUCAAGAGAGCUGCUGGUCAAGAACAAGUUGUAGAAAAAGUUGAACCACAAGCAGAACAAGCAGCAAACAGGAGAGACUCUAGUCGAUCAUCACAACAGGCAGAAGUCAACCAGAUGCAGCCAGCCAGUGCCAGUAAAAGGCAACACUCAGCCAGAAGUGAUCAAGAAAACUCACAUAUUACCAAGCAUCUUUCUGGCGGGGUGGUUGAAAAUUUUAUUGUUAUAUCUCAUGAGAGACAGAUAAAGGAGCAACAAAAAGAAAUCAAUAGACUGAAGGAAAAAUUGAAAACCUUUGAGCAGUCAAAACAUCAAUCGUCUGAAAACUCAUCUAACACACUUGAGUUUAAACUAAAUUGAACAAUCUGUACUGUUACCAUUUUAUAACUUAGGUUGAAUUAUAUUCACUGUGAGCUGGUUUUAGACUAGAAUAUGCUGAAUUAUUUUUUUUUUUAACUUCAAAGAUUUUGAACAGUUGAUUAUUUUUCUAUCACAUGUAUUUGUUAAGCAAAAAUAGGAGCUAGCAUUUUGAUUGAAUAUUUUUUCCCCAAAGUGUUAUAAUGCUCUACAAUCAAUAAAUUGUAUGAGUACAGGGUUUGUAAAAUAAUACUUUCACAAAAUAUUGUCUACUUUCCAACAACUUUUACUUCUGUGCCUUUACUGAAUAUCUGUACCUAUCCACUUAUUUAUAUCAUGUUUAUAUUGUAUUGUUUUUACUUUGUGUACAUUAAAAUGCAUGCAUGAUUGCUUUGUCCGAUUCACUACAAUAAAAGUUUGUAUAUAAUUUUAUAUAGAGUAUUGUAAUUUGUUUUAUCGUAUACAUUAUUAAACAAUAUACUGCAGGACAGUUGUAAAAUACCUAGUUGUCAAGUACCUAGGAUUUUCCUGUCAAGUCCACCAACCUCUGGUGAGGGAAAAAGUAAAGAUGACUGGGGGAAAACGGGUGUACUCUACUUUAUCUGUCCCAAAUGUAACUUUUUUUUCAAG